UUCCCCCCGGCGCCGGGUCUGCCGCCCGGGCCCCCCCGGGUCCCCGGCAUCGGGUCUCGCCCCGGCAUCGGGUCUCGCCCGGGGGCAUCGGGUCUCGCCGGGAUCGGGUCUCGCCCCGGCCCCCGGGCUCGGGGCCCCCCGCCGGGUCUCGCCCGGGGCCCCGGGGCCGCCGGGGCCCCGGGGCUCGCCCAUCGGCGGGCCCGGGGCUCGCCCAUCCCCCGGGAUCGGGGCUCCGGGCCGGGGCCCCCGGGUCUCGCCGGGCCCGGGGCUCGCCCCACGGGUCUCGCCGGGAUCGGGUCUCGCCCGGGAUCGGGUCUCGCCCGGCCGGGGCCCCCAUCGUCGGGCCCCGGGAUCGGGGCUCGCCGGGAUCGGGUCUCGCCAUCGGCCCGGGUUCGCCCGCAUCGGGUCUCGCCCGGGGCCCGGGGCUCGCCCGGGAUCGGGUCUCCCCCCCGCCCGGCAUCGGGUCUCGCCCAUCGGGGGGUUUCCCCCCGGGCGCCGGGUUUGGCCGGCCCCAUCGGGUUUGCCGGGAUCGGGGCUCGGGGGCCCUCGGGUUCCCCCCGCCCGGCAUCGGGUCUCGCCCCGGGGCCCCGGGGCUCGCCCGGCCCGGGUCUCGCCCGGGGGCCCCGGGGCUCCCCCCCGGGGCCCCCGGGGCUCGCCGCCGGGUCUCGCCCCCAUCGGGUCCGCCCGGCCCGGGUCCGGGGCCCGGGCUCGGCCGGGGCCGGGUCUCGCCGGGCCGGGGGCCCCGGGAUCGGGGCCCCCGGCAUCGGGUCUCGCCCCGCCGGGCCCCCGGUCGGGGCCCCCGGCGCCGGGUUUGCCCGGCCCGGGUUUGCCCGGCCCGGGUCUCGCCGCCCGGCCCGGGUCUCGCCCGCCGGGCGCCGGGCUCGGGCGCCGGGGCCCCCCGGCGCCGGGUCUCGCCCCCGCCGGGUUUGCCGGCAUCGGGUCUCGCCCGGGGCCGGGUCUCGCCCGCCGGGUCUCGCCCGGCAUCGGGUCUCGCCCCCGGGUUUGCCGCAUCGGGGCCCCCGCCCGCCCCCGGGUCUCGCCCGGGAUCGGGUCUCGCCCGGCUCCCGGGGCUCGCCCGAUCGGGCCCCCGCCGGGUCUUUGCCGGGGCCCCGGGGGCCCCCCGGGGCCCCCGCAUCGGGUCUCGCCCCGCCCGGGUCUCGCCCUCGGGGCCCCGGGGCUCGCCCCGGGAUCGGGUCUGCCCACGGGCCCGGGGCUCCCCCCCGGGCGCCGCCGGGGCUCGCCGGGAUCGGGUCUCGCCGGGGCCCCGGGGCUCGCCCAUCGGGCGGGCCCGGGGCUCGCCGGGGCCCCGGGGCUCGCCCCGGGAUCGGGUCUCGCCGGGCCGGGGCGCCGGCCGGGGCUCGCCGCCGGGUCUCGCCCCGGGCCCCCCGGGUCUCGCCCCGGGCCCGCCCGGGUCGGGGGCUCGCCCCGGGAUCGGGGCUCGCCCCGGGGGCCGGGUCUCGCCCGGGAUCGGGCAGUCGGAGGCGAGAAAGUGAGCUGAAGAGUUAUGAGGCUCGCCGGUGGGGCAGAGGCUGGGGUGGUGGGCGUUGGGCCGCUGCCUAA